AUCACGAGACACUUUUGCAAAAUCAACCUGUGACUCCCAUGAGGUUGUUUACCAGUGUAUCUAGCAUAACCUCAUUUAAAUGUAUACAUUUAACGUAAUUGUAACAAAUAAUUUUUAAAAUGUGUUUCCUGGAGGUAAUUAAAAAAACGUCCUUUUGGGUUAUUCCAUUUAUUAGAAGCUUCUAGAGAUUCAUUCUGUCACAUCAAUCUCUUAAAAGGGUCAAGGGAGCUCACAGGAUACAGUGUAUCUGAGUUACUGUCUUGGGACACUUUAAAAGGAGCAUGAACUGGGGUGGUAGUCUCCUGUAGAACAUCUCCUGAACCUGUGGUGACCGUAGACCUUCCUGUGAUAAACAUCUGGUCGAGGUAAGUGUAAUUUAUUAAUUUAUUUAUAAAAUGUUCUGUGUAAAGCAGAUAUAAUUCUUCUCUUGCCAAUUAUUGUCCUGCUCCCCUACCUCAGAGUCUUUGCCAGAUCUGCUCACCGCUGUGAAGAACCUGGGAAGCUCCACAGUUGAGAUCGCAGCAGCUUCUGUUGGCGAGACGAGUCUGGUGAAAGCUGUCCGACAAAUGGAAGAAGAUGGAAAUGGUUCGGACUCCACACUGGAAAUGGUUGAAGCCGAUGUACUGGAAGCAACAGCAAAGGUAGUAUCGGAGGAAGCAGCCGAUACAGUGAGCAAGGAGGAGCUGAAGUCUGCAGUGGCCAGUGCUGUUGAGGAUGUGGCUGAAGCAGAAGUAGCAGAAGCUCCAUCAAUUGAAGAGGGGAUGACCGAGGAGAUGUCUGCUCCUGCUGCAGCAGAGGAGGAGGAGGAGUUGGAAGCGGCUGCAUUUCCUCCAGAGGAAGCUACCACUUCAGCCCCUGCAGUAGGGAAGGUGGAAGAGAUCAACACUGGGGAUCGGGCAUCAGCCCCCGAUGCUGCUCCCGUGGAAGCAGUCGCUUCUACAGAGGCCUCAUCUGAAGAUGUAGCUGAGGAAGUUACACCUGGUAAGGUGUCUGCAGAAGAGACUGCUCCAGAUGAAGUUACACCUGCCGAAGAGGCCACCACCACUGCAGAAGCUGCCCCAGAGAACGAGACAUCACCAGAUGAGAUGACACCCGCUGCUGAGACACCAGUGGAGGAAGGAGAGGAUGAAGCUUCAGCAGAGGAUGCAGCCAAAGCGGUAUCAACACACAGUGAUGCUGAAGCGGUCUUGGACACAGCUCAGCUGGCUACAGCCUCCACUGGAGCUGACCUGGAAGUUCUGUCAGCUGCUGAACCAGAAUCUUCAUCAGAGACUCCAGCACAUGAUACAAGGCACUGCCACUCCGCUCCUUCAGCUGGAGAGGAUGUGGCGCCACCUCCUGCCUUGGGAGAAGAGCUGGUCAGUGAGGGAAAAGUGUACGUGUCACACGAGGCCAACGAGGCAGUGUCACUGGUGCUGGAACAAAAGCCAGAGGUGUCCGUCUGGACUGUAAAAAGCUGUUCAGUGAUGUAAUAGUACAGUUAAAAAGCCACAGAGACGAUGGUGGUGGUGACAGCCCAGUCAUGACAUGACACAGUGCCUUCCACAUCUCUCGCCUCUGUCAGUCAAGCCCGGAUGAUCGGUGAAAACAACAUGAAGAGAACUAUAGCCGCAGGUUUAACCAACUAACGUCUCCUUCCUGAAAUGUUAUCACAUGAUUUCUAGUCAGUCUCUUUCUGUGUCUGUUCAAUAUGUCCUAGUAUUUUUGUAAAUGAUUCCCAUGAUGUCUCUUGUCCAUUGUUGCAAAGCUUUUCAUGACCAGUGGAAUGGGUGUCAAUAGGCAAGUGGUUUGACGUUAUUGUAAUGGUAUUAGCUAAACAAUAUCUACACAUUCCACCAUGAUCUUGAAGCAGAUGUGCACUUUCAUGUUUUCAGAUGAAAUUAUACCAAACCAGAAA